AAUACAUUACAUUUUUUAUUUAAUCGAAGUUCAAAAUUUGUUAAGUUUGGCCCAGGAGGGAGGGAGCAUAAAAUUUGGAAGUAUUCAAAAUGAUCCGGAAUCUCAUCCCCAAAACACAAAGAAACCUAUGAAGACUUUGUUAGAAAUUCUUUAUUUUUGUUAAGCUUGGAAGAUUGGAUGCAUGUUGUUCUUGACUUGUUAUCAGACACUAUCGAAUCUCAUGUAUGCUAAAAUGUCAAAAAAGGAAGUUCAUAUGGCUUGCGGCAUAUUUGAUCAGAGUGCUAAAACUGACGUGGUUAUAUGGAACAUGAUGAUCUCUGGGCUCAACAAGUGCAAAAGGUUCAGGGUAUCUAAGCAAUUAUUUUUUGAAAUGGAGGAGAAGGGAAUAGUGCCCACUGUGGUUACUCUGGUUUCAUCACUAUCUGCUUUCUCGGAGUUGAGCGACUUAGAUUCCGGGCAGCGUGUGCACCAGUAUGUAAAAGACUGUAAAGUUGAAUCAACUUUAAUUCUUGAUAAUGCUUUGAUGGAUAUGUAUGCAUGCUGUGGGGAGAUAGAUUCUGCUCUUGAGAUAUUCCACGGAAUGAAGCUGAGAGAUGUUAUAUCAUGGACUUCAAUCAUCAAAGGGUUUAUCAGUUCAGCUCAGAUGGAUUCAGCUAGAACCUAUUUUGACAAUAUGCCAGAGAGGGACUCUGUUUCUUGGACAGCAAUGAUCGACGGGUACGCCAAAGAAAACCGGUUUAAGGAUGUUUUGGCUCUUUUCCAUCAAAUGCUAGCUGAAAAUGUGAAACCGGAUGAGUUCACCAUAGUUAGCGUUCUCACUGCAUGCGCACACCUUGGAGCACUUGAGCUUGGGGAGUGGGGAGUUUUAAUGUUUAAUUGUAUGCCCCAAAGAGAUAAAUUCACUUGGACGACCGUGAUUGUUGGCCUUGCGGUCAAUGGACAUGGACAAGAAGCUCUAGAUGUUUACUCCCAAAUGUUGAGAUCUUCGGAAAAGCCCGAUGAUGUCACCUAUGUAGGCGUUCUUUGUGCUUGUACUCAUACUGGUAUGGUUGAGGAAGGAUGGAAAUUCUUCACCACCAUGAAAUCACAGUAUGGAAUUGAGCCUAAUGUAACACACUAUGGCUGUUUGGUUGAUCUUCUAGGACGAGCUGGGCGGUUGAAUGAAGCUCUCAAGGUUAUUAAUAAUAUGCCAAUGAAACCAAACUCGGUUGUCUGGGGAGCUCUUCUUGCUGCUUGCAGGGUCCACAAAGAUGCAGAAAUGGCAGAAAUGGCAGCUAACCAACUUCUUAGGCUAGAACCCACAAAUGGAGCUGUUUAUGUUCUACUGUGCAACACAUAUGCAUCUUGCAAUAAAUGGGAAAACCUAUGUCUGCUUAGAAGAAGAAUGAUGGACGAGGGGAUCACAAAAACUCCAGGGUGUAGUGUGAUAGAGAUGAAUGGUUUCGUCCAUGAAUUCGUGGGGGGUGAUCAAUCACACCUUCAGCUCAGAGGGAUAUAUUCAACAUUGAAUGAGGUAAUCAAACACUUGAAGAAACUUGCUGGGUAUGUUCCUGAUACGUCAGAGGUUUCUCUUGACAUUCGAGAGGAGGAGAGAGAGAAGUCUGUUUUAGGGCAUAGUGAGAAGUUGGCUGUUGCAUUUGGGUUAAUGAGUUCCAGUCCUGGAGUCACCAUUCGUAUAGUGAAAAAUCUACGGAUGUGCAUAGAUUGCCAUCGUUUCGCAAAGUUGGUUUCAAAGGUUUAUGAGAGGAAACUAAUACGAAGGUAUUGUGCACCCGGAAACAGAAAGUGGUGCUCAAAAGGUUUCGGAGGAGGUUCUGUAACAAUUCUCAAGGGGGGAAAGGUUGAUUCCAAAAAGUUUCAGUUAGUCGAAACUGGUAAUGAAGUGCAUAUAAAGAGGUCUUCUAAGGAAAGCACCUUCUUCUCAUGGAGAGAAAUCAUUGGAAGAGCUACCCAUCCCAAGUUCAGUAAAAACUCUUUAUGAAUAAAGUGGAAGAGUAUCAACCCUUUUCAGAAAUACCCUCUGCUCUCUUAUGGGAAAUUCUGGGUAGAGUUUCCAUUAAGACGUGUUUAACGUGUAAGCUUGUUUGCAAACAAUGGCAUCGUAUCGUGAACAGACCAGAGUUCUCUUCUUUUCGUUGCAAUCUCAAACCCUCCCGGUUUAUGAUCUUGUUUCAUGACAACUCCAGCGCCGGUAGGGGGUUUAGUUUCGAUUUGGUUGAGCUUGAAAAGACUUUGGACGCCGAUGAUUCGGGUAAUUUGUCUGUAUGUGUUAACGAUCUGAUUAGGUUUAAGCCUAGAAUUAACCAACCCGUCCAGUAAGAUAUGGUCCGUCAAGUCUCAUUGCAAUGGGGUUGUUUGUUUCGUAAAUGAAAGAGUAAACUUCUUCAUAUGCCAUUUGCUCACGGGGCAAAGUGUGAAGUUAGAGAAUCAACUGUGGAAUAGGUU